CCCCCUUUUUCAUGUUUUUCAUUGUAGUCGAAUCAAUUUUAAGUUAUGCAUUUUUAAUAAAUUAUUUUUUAAAUAUAAAAUAAAAAAAGGAAAAAAUUAAAUAAUAAAAUAAUAAUGGAACUUUCAUCAGAUAAUAUUGAAGAACUAGCAACUGUUUUGAAUUCCGAUGCAUCCCAUCAAGAGGAUGUUUUUAGGUCCAAAACAGGCCUAUUAACAUUAGAUGUUGAUCGUGUUAUCUCAGAAGCUCAGGAUAGUUUGUUAAAUUCUUCCUUGGAAGCUAUAAGUUCUUGUGAUGUUCCAUGUUCAUUUAAUGAUAUCCUUGACGAUAUUUGUAAAAUGAACAAUAGCAUAGAAAUGCAGCAGGCUGCAGUUAACACCGUUGCGACUCCACAUCAUCAGCUGCCUCUAGAAACUACAGCUUAUUAUCAUAUGCCCGAUCUAGAGAUGCAGUCUGAAGAUUACGCAUCCGAGUGUAAUUUGUCAAAUCAAACUGAUUUCCUACAACCACUGGGUCAGUGGUCAGAGUAUCUUCCUUUGCCACCAUCCUCCUUGAGCACAAUUCAAGAUAUUCCACAGCUUGCUCCCAUUCCAACUACAAUACCCUCUCCGCCUCCAGUUCCAGUAGAGGCGCCACAAACCAUAAGUUUUUCUAGUGACAUUCCAAUGGGAAGUGUUCAUCCAAAUGCCGAAGAAAAAACAGCGAUUGUCGGUCCAUCUGUGCAGUUUCUUAACGAUUAUCCAAUGCCCUUAGGACUAACCACACAGCAAAACGAGAUGCCUAAUAGCAACUUGCACUUCACGCAGGUUCCGGAAUGUAACAUAAACUUUAUGAUGAUUCCAGAGUCGUCGAUGGCGAUGCCGAUGGGAGCUCCACACAAACGGAUUGUCCAACAAUCGCCACCAUUCUUCGACUGGGCCAGAGUCGUCCCCCGGAGAACUUUCAUCCAACCAUCAGAAAUUGUGGUACUCCGUCCACUGAGGACCAGAAAAGUGAUGUCAUCUCGUCCGAGUUUCGAUUUGGCUUCGUAUUUCGACACAAGCUCCAUUUCAAUUCCUAUGAUAAGAGAAAGACCACGAUGCAGAACGUAUCGGCGAAAGCAGAAGCUCUAUACGAUUCCAGGAGCUGAUAAUUUGGUAUUCGAAGUUCACCUGCGCCCACCGGAACACGAAGAAAUUGGCGAUAGCAACAACAACAACGAAGACGGCAAAGAGCAAUUGUAUGCAGAAACUGAAAUUCCCGAAUUGGACAAGAUUUUUAAACGCAAACGUCGCACGCUGAAUACCCGUCGUGUUCCUGCAACUCAAGAAUCCAUCAAGGUGGCCCUAGAGGUGGUGGGGCCACAACCUGAAUUUCAACCGAUUGAGGUUGCGUCAAAGAAAAUCGAAAAAAUGUCACCAUCUCCAAGUAGGGAACUAGAAUCUCCUUCAGAUGUUGACUCCGAUGAUGCUCCUCUGACAAUUGUCAAGUCAAUGAAAUGUUCCAAUUGUCAGAAGCUCUUCAAAACUUACCGAUCACUGGCAAUUCACUCAAAGCGAUGCACAAAUGUUGCUACCACUCCAGCAAACGCAAAGGAGUCUUCGCCAGAGUUAUUGAGACUGCCUAGAACUACAAGUUGUAGGGUGUCUGUCCAGAGACGAAGUAGUAAAGAGAAUAUUGAAUGUAAGUAUCAAGAUGGAGGAGAAAAAGGAGGAGGGGAGGAUAAAGUGGCAACGAGACCGUUAACUCGAUCGCAAACAAGAAAUGCUCUCAAACGCAAAGCCACUUCUGAAGACGAUGGUGGUGGUCCUCAGAAGCAAGCGAAAUGAUGUUUUGUUCUUUCUUUUCUCUACUUAUAAAUAUUUAAUUUAGUUAAUUACCAUUGAUUUAAUUUAUUACAAAGGCUCUUAUUAUUGUUGUAAUUUUUUCUAUUUGAACUUUGAAGUAAAUAAAGAAAUUAAAUUUCUUGAGCUACCAACUUAGUUCUUGGUUUUUAUACCUUUGUUUG